AUGUCUAAGUCAGAGUCCUCCAAGGAGCCCGAACAGCUGCGGAAGCUCUUCAUCGGAGGGCUGAGCUUCGAAACCACCGACGAUAGCCUGAGGAGACAUUUUGAGCAAUGGGGAAUCACAGACUGCGUGGUAAUGAGCGACCCGAACACCAAGCACUCCAGGGGCUUUAGGUUUGUCAGGUAUGCCACUGUGGAGGAGGUGGACGCAGCCAUGAAUGCGAGGCCCCACAAGGUGGACGGAAGAGUUGUGGAACCAAAGAGAGCUGUCUGGAGGGAGGAUUCUCAAAGACCAGGUGCCCACUUAACUGGAAAAAAAGUAUUUGUUGGUGGCAUUAAAGAAGAUACUGAAGAACAUCACCUAAGAGAUUAUUUUGAACAGUAUGGGAAAAUUGAAGUGAAUGAAAUCAUGACUGACUGUGGCAGUGGCAAGAAAAGGGGAUUUGCCUUCGUAAACUUUGACGACCAUGACUCUGUGGAUAAAAUUGUCAUUCAGAAAUACCAUACUGUGAAUGGCCACAACUGUGAAGUAAGGAAAGCCCUGUCAAAGCAAGAGAUGGCUAGUGCUUCAUCCAGCCAAAGAGGUCGAAGUGGUUCUGGAAACUUUGGCAGUGGUCAUGGCGGUGGUUUCGGUGGGAAUGACAACUUUGGUCGUGGGGGAAACUUCAGUGGUCGAGGUGGCUUUGGAGGCAGUCGUGGUGGUGCAUAUGGUGGCAGUGGGGAUGGCUAUAAUGGAUUUGAUAAUGAUGGAAGCAAUUUUGGAGGUGGUGGAUGCUACAAUGAUUUUGGCAAUUACAACAAUCAGUCUUCAAAUUUUGGACCCAUGAAGGGGGGAAACUUUGGAGGCAGAAGCUCUGGCCCCUAUGGUGGUGGAGGCCAAUACUUUGCCAAACCACGAAACCAAGGUAGCUUUGGUGGUUCCAGUAGCAGCAGUAGCUAUGGCAGUGGCAGAAGAUUUUAAUUACUGCCAGAAAACAAAGCUUAGCAGGAGAGGAGAGCCAGAGAAGAGACAGGGAAGCUACAGGUUACAACAGAUUUGUGAACCCAGCCAAGCAGAGUGGUGGCAGGGCCUAGCUGCCACAAAGACGACAUGUUAAGACAAUACUCACGUGUAUGGGCAAAACACUCGAGGACUGUGUUUGUGACUAAUUAUAUAACAGGAUUUUAGUUUCUGUUCUGUGGAAAGUGUAAAGCAUUCCAACAAAGGGUUUUAAGUGUAGUUUUUUUUUUUUUUUUU